AAAAUCUUGCGAUUAGGCAAUUCGCCCUCCGCUCCCUUAUAUUAGCUCUUUCAAGGCUUCAAUUAAUCCUUUCAAUUUCACAAUCUAUUUACUCCUUUCUUUUCAUCCUCAGCGGGCUUUUUGAUCCUCUCCCAGGCCUUUCCGGCGGGACUUUUUCCCUUCCAAAGUUAUGGCAGAAGCAGACAACAUCAUAUCCAAUGACAACCAUCAAAAGUGGACCACAUUGGUACAUAAUGGGGUGCAAUUUCCACAGCCUUACAAGCCCCAUGGAGUCAAGAUUCUUUACAAGGGGAACCCUGUGGAUCUGACUCCCGAGCAAGAAGAAGUCGCCACCUUGUUUGCUGCCAUGUUAGAUACCGAAUACAUUAGGAAACCUCGUUUCCGACACAACUUCUUCAAGGACUGGAGACAGAUCCUUGGAGAAAACAACGUGAUUCAGAACUUGGAAGACUGUGAUUUUAGCCCUAUUUAUGAGUGGCACCGGAGAGAAAAGGAUGAGUGCAGACGAAAAAGAUGAGUGCAGAGGAAAAGAAGGCUUUGAUGGAAGAAAAACAGAGGAAAGAGAAGAAAUACAAGUGGGCGGUUGUUCAUGGAGUUAUGGUGGAAGUAAGAAACUUUAGGGUGGAUCCACCUGGGUUGUUUCGAGGCAGAGGGGAACAUCCAAUGAUGGGUAAAUUGAAGAAACGAAUCCGACCCGAUAACAUUACCAUUAACAUUGGGGAAGAUGCACCAAUUCCUGAAUGUUUUAAUGGCCAAGGAAGAUGGAAAAAGAUCUGCCAUGAUCACACAUCCAAUUGGAUAGCGUGAAUCCAAGGAGAUUCAAGUAUGUGUUUCUAGCAGAAAACAGAAGUAGCUUAAUUAAGAGGCAACGCAACGCGUUGGAGGAGAAAUAUGACUAGCAAGGUGAAGAAGGAUUGGAUAAUUAUUAACACUGUUUUUGGAUUGAUUGCAUUGUUGCAGAAUAAAUUUUAAAUUGAUAAUCAUCAUCGUUCUUUCCUUUUAUUUCAUUUUUAUUUUUUCUAGUUCCAUCUUUGCUGUACUAAACAGAGAAAUAAAGGAAUUCAUUGGUGACCCUAAAGGUAGUUGUGAAAUAGAACCAUCUUAGUGUCUGCAGAAUUGAUAAUUUUGGAUGAACCAAACCAAUUAUGUCCUGCAAUACACUAAGUGUUUGAAGCGUUUUGUAUAGCC